AUUGGAUCUCGGAAAGCGAUAAUUCAAAGUUGUAAUUGGUGUUACCGUGGGGUCAAUCAAAAUCUGCCUUAUCUAUUUUUGUAAUCAAAUGGGUCUAGCCAUAAAUUUCCGAAGCAUUCUGAUUAUCGUAAUUAUCUUGCAUUCUGUUACAUGCGAAACUAUCUGUCGAGCGGAUGAGACUAAACAUAUAACUAUGCUUAAGAAUCUAGAGGACAACAAGUUACUUGGUUCGAAGAAUGUCAAAAGAAUCAUGUAUCUUGUAGAUCGUGGUUGUUUUCUUCAAACGAACCCAUACGAAAUUGGUUCACGAUCAAUCGACUUUGGUGGAACUAUCCUUGCGCCCCAAGUACAAGCACGUAUUCUGAAAUUACUAAGUUUUCGCUUACGGAAUGGUUUUAAUGCAUUAGUUGUUGAUCCAGGUAGUGGAUACCUCACAGCGUGUGUGUCGAUUAUGACUGGUAUUUCUGGUGUCACUAUAGCAGCCCUGCCUAAUGGGGAUUUAACUAAGCUGGCUUCGAAGAAUGUGGAGAAUUGGUUAAAUCAUGACAACAGAGGUCACUAUUUGGGUUUACAACUGGGGAAACAAAUUGAAUUUCCAUCCGAUGACAUUCAAAAAGCUUGGUCAAAAAGGGCUCCGUAUAAUGGUAUCUUUGUUCGUACAACGGAUAAAAGUGUCGUGGAUAAAUUGAAAAGGCUGCUGAAACCCGGUGGCCGUCUAGUUGUUUUAGAAGGACAUGAUGGAGGAAAACAAUUUUUGUAUCGAUUCGAUUGUUUAUCGUUUGGUUUAUACCAACGAUCCCAUGCAAUCAUCUUCGAAGAUGUUUCAUCUCCGGAUAAGCAACAACCGAAGGAACCUGUCUUGCCAUCUACAUUAAAGCCUACAGAGGGAAACACUUCACAAGAAUCUAUUGAUGUACCUUCAGAAGCAACUCUUGAUGAGUAUAGAGAAGAAAAUAUUGGUGGAUAUGAUACCGAGGAAGACUUUUUUGAAUACGGUAGGAUUUCAGUCAAGGUUGACAAUGACACAACUGAUAUGGAUCAAUUGACGAUUCAACCACUCCAGUUGAUUCUGAUUCGAAUAAUGUACACUUUCAUCUUAUGAAUGCAUCGUUCCACCCAGUUCACUGAUAUCAAGUGAUUCGUUUGGAAUCUUGUUACUCUCAGCCCACUAUUACCAUCAUUAUUCUAACUACUGCAUGCAUUGUCAUCUGACAACAGAAUGGUUUGUUUGGUGAAGUUAUGUACAGUGGAGGCAAACUACAGAGACGUUAUAUUAAAAUUUCCAUUUUCAAAAGUUAUUCGUAUUCUGAUUGUUUCAUCUUCGCUUCACGCUUUUCUUCAUUGUUCCACAAGCAUCGUCUUUCCUUCUCCUCCUACGAACUUAAUCUGUCGAU